AAGCUGUAUAAAUCAUGUAAAAUCCAGGGAAGGAACAUGGCUGUUGUAUUUUUGAUACGUUUGGUGUUUUGUAUUUGUAUUGGAUCAGUGACUUCUGCAGAAGAAGUUGAUUGUUAUAACCGAUACAACAAGGGAAUAAACUAUAUCGGAAAUAUUAGUAAAAUACCAUCUGGAAAACCUUGUUUAAAGUGGAGUGAAGUGGUAAAACAUCCUUCACAUAACUACAGAGAGGAACACAACUUCUGUCGAAAUCCAUUACCGUCAGCAGUUGACAGACCAUAUUGUUAUAAAGCUGGAAAUAAAUGGGCAUAUGAAAAGUGCAUCAUUCCAGUCUGUGAUUGUAGAAACUCAACACAAGACCGUGGUUACCAUGGACAGAUAGAUAUUACUAGAAGAGGUCAUAAUUGCAUGUAUUGGAAAAGUGCAACUAAAUACACAUCAGAGGACCAGAACUAUUGCAGGACACCAGAAGGAGAUUCUGAUAACGCGGGAGGUCCGUGGUGUUAUACAGGUCUUACUGAUCCACGGUGGGACCGAUGUAAUAUACCAGUAUGUGAAAGUGCAAAAUGUCCCGACCUUUCUGUUAUUCCCAAAUUAAAACCACUAGAUGGUAAGACUAUAUAUCGAUAUGGAGAGAUAGUGAAGCUGACAUGUGAAACUGGAUACAGAUUGAUAGGAUCAAAGUCUCUGACAUGUCAAAAAUCAGGGCAUUGGAACGGCACAUUACCUAACUGUCAAGUCGUAACCUGUUUUGAAUUGAGAACAUUGCCCAAACAAAAGUUGGACCCAGUUCAAACAAUAUACUCAUACAAAGACAAUGUGACGUUUAAAUGUGAUAAUGGAUAUGAGUUGUCAUCAGCCGAUACCAUAACCUGUCAAAGUGAUGGAACAUGGAGUAAAAAACAACCAAAUUGUACAGGUGUUCUAUGCCCUCCUUUGCCUAAGGUUGACAAUGCCUUACUACCAUCCAAGAUACAAGGAUAUAGAUAUCCUGAAACAUUGAAAGUCACUUGUGAAACAGGUUAUGUGUUUGAUGGUUCUGAUCUACUCCAGUGUAAUUCAAGUGGAUUUUGGGGAUUUAUACCACAAUGCAAAGGAGUUUUAUGUAGAGACUUUCCCAAAAUAGACAGCAUAGUGACGUCUAUACAGGCAACAAAAAGAUACCGGUUUCCGGCGUCUGUGAAUGUCUCUUGCAAAGCAGGAUACCAGAUUAACGGUUCCAACCCACUGCAUUGUAAUCAAACCGGAGAUUGGAGUACCCCACCAGUUUGUACAGGUCUUUUAUGUCCGGUUUUACCAAAGAUUGAAAAUGUACAACAAAUAGAAAACCGCCAAUACCGUUAUCCAAAUAGUAUAAUGAUAAAAUGUAUGACUGGAUAUAUUGUAAACGGUUCCAGUUGGUUGAAAUGUAGUGCGGCUGGUAUUUGGAGAACGCCAGUUCCUUCUUGUAAAGUGGAUUUAAAAACUCAAGAAAAAUCCCUAUUAACUGCAGUAGCUGUAGGAUUGGGAGCAACAUUUGCUUUGAUUGUGGUAGUUAUUUGUGUGAGAGUAUUUAUUAGAAGGCGAAGAUCUCCGGAUGAUAAAACAAGAAGUAAACCUCUUAAAGAUCCAAAAAGUACUGACGUUUAUGCUCAAGUUAGUAAAAAAGGAGAUAUAGACAGUUCAAGACUUUCCCUUCAAAUCACAACAAAUGGCGCAAUAUAUGACAACCAGAACCAGGAAGAAGAGAAGGGAGAAUAUUAUAGUUUUGCUGGGGACAUAAAAAUUUCCGGAACUGCUAUCUCAAUAAAUGAUUUCUAUGACUAUGUUGACAAAGGACGCGGAACAAAGGGACCAAUAGAAAGGGAAUUUGCGAAACUGAAAAAGGAACACCUUAAGGAAACCAAAACAGCAUCAAUGACUGAAAAUACAGGCAAAAAUAAAUACAAAAAUGUAUUUCCAUAUGAUGAAACUCGUGUUAUACUUGACCUACAACCAGGAAAAGCAGCAUCUGACUAUAUUAACGCAUCAUUUAUAAAUGGAUAUGGUCAAGUAAAGAAAUACAUAGCUGCCCAAGGACCAUUGGAAUCUACUAUCAAUGAUUUUUGGAGGAUGAUCUGGCAAUAUGAUUGUGGCAAAAUUGUUAUGUUAACAAAUGUUUUUGAACUAGGCAAGCCGAAAUGUAAACAGUAUUGGCCUGAUCCCGAAACUAAAACAAAAAGAUAUGGAUCAAAUGAAAUUUUGCUGAUAGAUGAAGACGUCUACUCAGAUUUUACUAUUAGAACACUGAAGAUAGUGAAGGAAAACCAAAGCAAAACUGUGAAACAAUUUCAUUUUACUGCUUGGCCUGAUAAAGAUGUCCCAAAAUAUGCAUCAUCAAUAGUGCACUUUCGACAUAAGGUGUUCUCAUCCAAGGUUUCACCAAAUGGACCAAUAAUUAUUCACUGCAGUGCUGGUAUUGGACGAACAGGAACCUUCAUUGCAUUGGACUAUAUUGUGAAUGAGGCGAAUGAUUUGAAGUAUAUAGACGUGUUUAAAUGUGUAGAAACUCUCAGGAGGCAAAGGGUCAAUAUGGUGCAGACUGCUCGUCAGUACGUGUUUCUCCAUGAAGCAAUAUUAGAAGCAGUGAUGUGUCCUAAUUCUGGAAUUCCUUCGAAAGAUUUUCCUGAUUUAUAUAAAGAGUUAAUGGUGCACGAUUCAAGUAGAAAUAAAACAAAACUCCAAGUGGAGUAUCAGCGAAUGAACGCAAUGUGCGAAAAACAUGAAGAUAAUGUAUUUGAUCAAGGUAAAAUUCCUGAAAAUAGGACCAAGAAUAGAGACAGUACAAUACUUCCAGUUGAAUAUGAGAUGCCAAUUCUGUCAACAUUUGUGGAAGGACACAAUGAAUAUAUCAAUGCCGUAUUCUUACCUGGCUACAAAAACAAGAAAGCAUUCAUAGUAACACAGCUGCCACUUGAUCAUACGAAAAUAGAUCUUUGGAGGCUGGUGUACGACCACAACAUACAAACAAUUGUUAUGCUCAACCAAGUUAAAGAAGAUACGGAUGUGUAUUGGCCUGAAAAUCAAGAGACACCAAUCCAAAUUGGAGCUUUUAAAAUAGAACUUACAGCAAUGGAAUCAAAGCCUUACUGUAACUGUUUACAUCUUACCUUGAAGUAUAAAACCUGGGAUGAAAGGUCGUUGGUAAUGUAUCAAGCAAAGUGUUGGGAUGACAAUGCUGUAGUUCCAGAUUCAACAGAGGAUUUGUUUAAUUUACUGUUUGAGGUGGAGAAUAAAUCUAAUAAUGGCGACGAUAGUCCUAUCCUUGUUCACUGCCUAAAUGGUUGUGACAAAAGUGGACUAUACUGUGUUUUGGCGACAGUGCUAGAACGACUGAGAAUAGAACAAGAUAUCGAUAUUCAGCACAUCAUUAAACAAACGAGGAAUAGAAGACCACAGAUUAUCUUAAACUAUGAACAGUUCCAGUUUAUUUACGAUGCUGUUUUAGAAUACUUGAAACAGUUUGAAACGUAUUCCAAUUUCCAGUGACAAAACAACUGUUUUUUUUUCUAAAAAUCAAAUCGUUCACUAAAUAUGCCUCUUACUAAAACAACUUAGUUUUAUUAUUCUUCCAAACUGUUUGGUGCUUUUAAUCAAGUGUGCUAUGAACAAACUUAAAGAAUAUGUAAAGAUAUGAGCAAGUACCACCUUAUGUCACUUUAUUAUAUGUAUGCAUAUAAAAUAGCCCUUUUAUUAAGAAACUGUUGAGUUCAAUAUUCAUUUAUCUAUAGUGUAAAGAAAAUAUAACAAAACUUUCCAUUGUGAUGAAGAGAUUAUUACCCUUUAAUAUUGCCAAAUUGGUUAUAUAUAUAUAUGUGUCUUCGCUUACAAUGUUAACAAGACUCUAAGUUGUGUCGACUAUUCUUUAUCGAUUUAUAUGAUUUGACAAUAGUUGCUCGAGUUGGGGGACUUUAACCAAGUUUGUCUACAGUUGCAAAAUUAUAACUUUUGAUAUCUAUACUAUUAAAUGAGAAGACCUCAUUUUGUGUGUCGCUUCUCUUCCUUCCACAAUAAAUUAAUCAUCAUGCCUCUGUGUCCUAUAGGUACCAUGCAUAGUCGCAUUUGUCAUCUAUUCUAAUGAUUAUUCAGUUUAGGUUAUUUUUGGAGAAAAACGAAAAUAAAGGCGUCCGGAUAUUGUUUCCGUCAUCGGACGGACUUUUAAGUCAUAGAUAAGACUUCCGUGUAGGACUGUUUUAAAAUUACACAUAAUUUUCAUAAGUACUCGGGGACAGGACAAUUAUUUUUCGCGUUUAUCUGCUGCAUGUAUACUAUGAUCAUACUACUAUAAAAUAUAGAGGCUCUCUAUAUAAUAUAUCAGUGACCGCCGUGGAUGUUAAAAUUGGAAUUGAUAGUAAAUAGCAAAUACACUUUAUUUAUGAUAAACAAUUAUGUAUGUUCAUAGGAUACAGAAAACUCGCAAAUAAUUGAAAUUAACAGAAAACAAAAAAAAAACGGACUUUGGAAAAAAGGGAGCGGGCUAGAAAAUAUUGUACUGUCGCAGUAACUAUGACUUUUGAUACCUUUCCUGAAAUUCUCCAGUCAUAAAAUCUUUUACAAAAAUUCAUCCUACUACAGUUUACAUACUUUCAACCACGCUCUAAAUGCCCGCAAUUUCGCGGGUGUGUUCUAGAAUAUUUGAUAGUAGAAGGGUUGUUUGCCAUCAUAUGGUAUUGACUAUCCUUGGCCUUCAUGUUAAUAUUAACAGUUUUUACGAGAGUAAUUUUUUACCUAAGGACAAUAUUAACUUUAUUCACGUGUAUGCAGUGAGGUCUCUGAUUUUAAUUAAUGUAAUAUUUUUAUUUCUAACACAAUGGUCAAAACUGUAAAUAAAGAGAUUUGUUGUGAAAGUAUGAUUCCAUUUGUCCUGAAGCCUUUUACGAUAACAUUGUUUAUAAAGCUAGAAAAUUUAAGAUGUGUCCUUCAAAACCGUCUCGCUGCAUUCAUAUGCUCAGUGGGAAAGGAUAAUAUACUGUGAUUUAAUUACUACGCCUGGUAUGUUUUUGUAUCGUUUAGAGAAUUAUUAACUUGAUUAUCUAUAAUUCGAAGCAAUACUAAAAUGUUCCUUUUGGUCUUCUGUAGUUUUUCUAUGCAUUGCACAAAUUCACGCCUCCUUGUACUGUUUACAGUGCCGUUGUAUUAAAUCUUCUAUAAAGUACAGCAACUGAUAUAAAGUUUAGAAUGGCAUGGUUUAUCAUCACUAGGUUAAGCUUGCUUUCAGAAACAGCAAACAUUCUUGAGUACGGUAUAACAACUGUUAUUCAUAUUGUUUGUUUUUGUUAUCUUUAAUACCGUUAUUAUUGAGUUAAGAACUUUUUCUGUACAGUUUUAUAUGUCUAGAUAAUUGUUAUUUAUUUUGUUAUCACUUAUAAAGUUAUUUAAGGUUUUAUUGUAUGUUCUUUUGUGUACGUUUUGUUAAUCUACUGCUCGAAAUAAAAUAUUCUUUUAUAAAGCGUCAA